UCUGUGUUGUAUUGUAUCUAUACAAAUUUUAAGAUACAUAGAAUUUCAUGUUCGACAGGUUGUAUUCCAUUUAUAGAAUACAUCAAAUAAUUUUUGUGUUUAAGUGUAGUUAUGCAAAAUUCAAAAAUAGAAUGUCGGGUUUAAUCCUGCUUAUUCGAUUUUUUUAAUAAAUAAAAUAUUUGUGUUAUAGUGUACCUAUGCAAUUGUAGUGCAGAAUUUUAAAAUAGACCAUAGACUAUAGAGUGUCGAAUGUACGUAUAAUCGUUUGUAAAUAACAGUGUGGUUUUGUUUUUUAACACUGCUGGCCGAACGCGUUCCAUUUUCGAAUUAGUUUCGCGGUGUGAGUGAUGACGAUGGGGAAAAAGAAAAAUGGAAAAGGCGGGAAUCGUUUUUUUCGUUGGAUCAAAAGCGAUCUGCCCGAUGAAGAAGAUAAAAAGUCACCAGUUCUCCUUCUAGGAGUGAAUAAAAUAUCUGACUCCCCAUUUGCCAGAAGGCGUCAUGACCCACAGACCGGUUCAAUACGCUUCUUCAGACCUCCUAAGUCCAAAUAUACAAGAGGAUUAAAUGGUGAUGAAAGACUUGAGAAGAUUAGAAAGGAUCUGCUCCUUCAUAAACACAAGCCUGACAUAUACAUUCCUAAUAUAAGACAGACUAAAGACAACUGUCACAGACUCACGUGUAUAGGUAGCUGUAUCUGUGACGCAUCAGAUAGAGGUUCCUUCUCCUUCCACAGACCUAGUUCUGAAUUCAACGAAAUAGAAUUCAAAUACACAGAGCACAUUCCAGAAAACCAACCAUGCAGCAGCAAAACAUCAUAUAAUAUAACUCCCAAAUCGACUGAGCGCAGACAUUUUCUACUAUCGAAUUUAAAUGAGCGAUUUCGUAAGACACUCAGCUUGGAUUCGCGUAAAAUUGAUAGACUCGAUAGGCCCAAAUCUAUAGCCACCAGUAAUAUAGAUAAAGAAGGUUUAGUGCAUCCAAAGAAGAAGAGGAAAUCCUUUUUCUCACUCGACACGUUCUUUGAUAAGAAAUCGGAUACCUCGUCAAUAGAUGAUUUCUGUUCGUCGAAGUACAAAAGAUUUGAAUUGGAAACUGAUGAUUCGCCAAUACUUAAAAGUGAUAGAAAGAAUACGAGGUGUAAAUUGGAGAAAUUGGAAGACCAUUUCUAUAAGAGUCUGAAACAGAAUGUUGUUGAUGCCGUACCAGCUGAUGCUUAUGAGGAGGAUGUUGAAUAUAUAGAACCUAUAAGUAAUUUCACAAGUCAGAGCACGUUGAUUUUUGAUAAAAACGAUAAAUUAGACGCUAAAUUGGAUAUAAAAGCGUUCGAAAUUGUUGUGCAGGAAACAGAUUUGAGUCCAACGCAUCUAGUAGUCAAAGUUAUGGAUAAGUCAGUAGAUUCAAUAGGAAGUUGUUCGUUGGACGUCGACGCGAGCACGGAUUUUUCAGAUACCACAUCGGGAAGUUUGAAUCUCCUCACACCAUCAUCAACCACAAGCCGUAUUAAAGAGUUCACGUCGCGAAUACAAGAGAGAGCUGGUAAUCUACAACCGAACCUAACUCCCACACCAUUUACACCACCCAGAACCCCGGAAAGACCAGACCUUCUUAAACCCCCAAAAAUCCUGAUUGACACCUCGAGUCACAGAUCCCGCAGCCACCUUAAAAAACGCGAGGAGCAUAAGAAGCCAAGUUACCUGAAUCUAGCCUGUUCAGUCAACGGUUAUACUAACCUGACUACAUAUGACUCCAAAAUUCGCCAGGAUAUCAAUAAGAGUCGUGAAGCCUCACCCAUACGGCCAAUAACACAUUAUCGAACUGAUCCCUUGCUAGUACCCAUUCCAGUAAGUGCUAACAAAUUGGUUGUACCAACAUUCCCACAUGAUCCUAAUUUGAUGUCCAAGGCGCCGAGCAAGGCGCAUACAGACCCAUACUUAUCCAACACAUUCAUGGCGGCCGAAAAUCGCCAGCUCAAGAACGACUUCCUCGGUACAAUGACGACAAAAUCCUUUAUAUCAUCAGAAAGCAAGAGCUUCUCUUCCAUACAGAAGGAUGAGGUGGAUCAGGUGUUUAAAUGCAGUUAUUCUGAAACAAAUUUCAUAUCCGGAGAGGAGUUUUCGGAGUAUACCAUAACAUCGAAUGAAAAGAAAGUCGAGAUCACGAAGGAGAAUGGGGAGAAGCUGACUAGUCCAAUGAAAAGUUUCAUCCAACAGAGGGUGGAGAGACUGUACGGCCCUGGUGCGUUGGCACAAGGAUUCUUUCAGCGGCAAAAAUCCGAUGACAUCCUGACAGAGAAAUCUCUGAACUGCCAAAGCCCUGACAGAGUCAAAUUGCCAGAGGUAACCAGCCCUAAAGACCUUCCAGUCUUGAGACAUUUGAGACCAGAAUUCCGUGCACAGCUACCAAUAAUAUCGCCUAGGAAAUCUAAAAUUGAUUCGCCAAAGUCUGAUACUAGUGAAGUGAACAUUGAGGUCGUUGAGAAUAGUAAAACUGUGAGUGAAGUGAAUGGUGAAGUGAAGAAUGGUGAAAUUGUGAAAGAUGCAUACUAUUUCCUGGAUUUGGAGAAGAAAGAGACAGAGAGGCUGAUUGCACUCUCUGCUGGGGCCGAAAAGGAAUUGGAAAACUUACAAAAUCAAGAAAACAUAAGCGAGGAAGUGCUGGGCCUAUUCCGUGCUGCCUCAGGGAAAGCGAGGCUUCUGGCCACACAGAAAAUGCAGCAGUUUCAAGGUCUCUGCUAUAACAAUAUAAAUGAACGUGGAGACGAACAGUUCCCGACAACAUUGGAGGAUCUACAAGGCUUCUGGGACAUGGUGUUGCUUCAAGUUAGGAAUGUUGAUGCAUUGUAUGCUCAUUUGGAUAGUUUGAGAGCAAAUAAUUGGCAAGAGAUUUCACCGCCUCCAUCCAAACCACCAUCAAUGCCGGUCCGGAGUAAGGUGGCUCGAACUCCACAAGUGAAGAAUGAGAAGGCGCGUCUGGCGGCUGAGAAGAGAGAAGCCGACAGAAAAGCUAUGCUGGAACAUAGGAGGCGUGUGGCACGCGAACGUCAACUAGCUGCUCGGGCAUCCACUCCCGGACAAAGCAAAGAAACGGACCACUGCAUGUCCGUUGAAGGGAGUCAGGAAGUGGAAAUAUUUGUCGGCAAAAGUGCGCCAAAAGAUAUACCUCAAGGUGAUUGUCCGAGUACGACCCAGUCUGACGAUUCUCUACGCAGCUGAUUGAUGGAAGCGUCAAAAAUCAGUUGUCACAAUGAUUAGGUUGUCAAAAGUCAGUGUCAGAUGUCAAAGCGUAAACGGUUGUCGGGAAUUGUUAAAAAUAUUCGUGGUCAAAUGUUUGUCUAUAGCUGUUAAAGCGUUAGUAUUCGUAAGUUUGUCAAAGUUUUUCGUAAAUAAAGCGAUAACGGCAUGAUUUAAAACGUUUAUUUGUAAAAUAGUAUAUUUCAUUACAAGUGCGGAAAGCCUGACAUUGCAAAGAGUUUCGACGAAUGUCUACCGAGCGAGCCGAGGCGCAGCCGAAGGUGAGGGUUGACAGUCGGAACAUUUUUUCGCAACUGUAUUUAAAAAAUUGUCAACUGUCAAACAAAGAUAUCGUCAAAACAGCUUUGUUACAUGCUUCUUCCUAUUUUAAUGAAUUGAUAUAUUUGAUAAAUUUUCUCUUUCAUCUGUCAUCGCUCUAACAGUUGUCAGAAUGGGCUAAAAGCUAAAGUAUGAAAUAUUUCACUAUCAUUAAAAGUCAUAUUUGAUGAAUUUUAAAUUAAGAAAUUUAAAUUGUUCUGAUGUGUAGUCUUUGCAGGGUAUGUCAGUUGUCAAAAUUUGAUUUAAACCUUGACUUAAAAUUCAAACUUAAAUUAUUAGUGGGUAUAAAAUUUGUUUCAGAGGAAAACUUUGGCAAAAUUAUGAAAUAUAGUAAAAUUUUAGAUUCUAGCAAUGUUCUUAUAAUCUCCUUGUAACCAGAUAUGGCGGCUUUUAUCACUUACUCAUCUGUACAUGCCAAAAUUCAUUAAAAUUUGUUUAGUGUAUCUUUAUAUCUACAACGGCCUAUAUAGCCUUCUCAUAUAGAAAGUAAAAUAGUUUUCUUAAGAUACUUAGACAAUAGCACAAAAUGCAUAAUAUAAAGAAAAAGUUAAGUUUUCAUUUCGACAACCCAACUAUUUAAUUAUUUUUAAGUGUAUUAAAUAUCGUAUAUAGAAAUCAUCGCUUCAGUCUUGUAUGUAUGCAACGUUAAUGUCAAAUUUGACAUAUGUCAUUAACGAUCAAAAUUUAAUAAAUUUCCGUUUAUUGUACUUGUUAUGGAAAAAAAAAUUCGCCGCUUGAAUGAUGUGUAUAUGCGAUGUCUGUUUUAACUAUAUAAUUUCAGUGUAUGUACUAUGAUUAAUUAAAUUAAAUUUUAUCUGUGAAUUUCAAUUUGCGCUAUUUAAGAUUGUACUUGAUUAAAUGAUUUUAUCUAUAAUACAACGUGAAUAUCUCAAUAAAUUAUUGUUUAUGA